GGCUGCCUGGGGAGGCGGUGGGCGGGCAGGGGCCGCGCGAUGUCGCACGGAGCCGGGCUCGUCCGCACCACGUGCAGCAGCAGCAGCGCCCCGGGCCCCAGGGCCGGCGCGGGGCAGGCGGGCGCGAGCCCCUCGGAGGGGCUGCUGGACCCGAUCUACCCCCGCACGCACGCGGCCCUGCUGAAAGUGGCGCAGAUGGUCACUCUGCUGAUUGCCUUCAUCUGUGUGAGGAGCUCUCCGUGGACCAGCUACAGUGCCUACAGCUACUUUGAAGUGGUCACCAUUUGCAACUUGAUAAUGAUCCUUGCCUUCUACCUGGUCCACCUCUUCCGCCUCUACCGCGUGCUCACCUGUAUCAGCUGGCCCCUGUCGGAACUUCUGCACUAUUUAAUCGGUACCCUGCUCCUCCUCAUCGCCUCCAUCGUGGCAGCCUCCAAGAGUUACAACCAGAGCGGACUGGUAGCCGGAGCGAUCUUCGGUUUCAUAGCCAGCUUCCUCUGCUUGGCGAGCAUAUGGCUGUCCUACAAGAUCUCGUGUGUGACCCAGUCAACAGAUGUAACCGCCUGAGGACACGGGAGGCUCGGCAGAGCGAGCGGCCCCGCAGAAGGGGGCUCAGGGGCCGGUGACCCCAGGAAGGACUUCUGAACCUGUGUUCCUGCGCCAAAGUCCUGCUCAGGCCCGUGGGCCUUCAUCUUCCUCCCAAGCUCGGGAGCUGGUCCGAGCCUCUUUCUCCAGCCUUCCUUGGAGAACAUUCCUCCCCAUCUGGCAAAGAAAAGCAGCCUCCGGGGGAAUCUGGUCUCCCUCGUGCUUUUAGAACUGCCUCAGGGACUGACGACCCCACUUAACACAAGGGCGGGGUUUCAGAACACUCCUGCGUCCGCCUGCUUCUACUUCACAUUCCUCGGGGGAAGGAAGCUGUCUGAAGUCCUCUGAUAAAAACCAAGCCAACUCCUAAUUUAUCUAGCUUGGAAUUCCCGUCUUGAGAUACCCUCUUUCUUCAAGUGCGGCGUGCCUGUAGAAGCUCUCUGUGGUCAGCGUGUCCCUGAGAAGGACGUCUCACAUCUCCUUUCCCUGUCUCUGCUUCCGUUACCAUUGCGUGUCUGUUUAUGUGUUUUUUAAUAAAAUAUUGACUUGGCCAAUUGCA